UUGGAUUGAAUUGCGCCUUCACUUCUUUUGAAAAAAGAAGAGGAUCUCAACUCUUAAACAUCCUCACACUGAUAAAAAAUUCUUGGAAUUUAGGAUAAGUAGAAUUAAAAGAGUGGCUCACAUCACUCUGUCCCAAAUAGAGAGAGAGGGGGAGCGAGGGAGAGAGAAAGAAUGACAAUAGCUUUUCUCUCAGUUUCAACUACUCAACAUUAUCAUCAAGUUCAAUUGCACAAGCCAAAAAAUCCAUGGUCGGUUACAACUUCCCCUUGUUUUUCUAAGAUUCUUGUUCCUCCCUCGCAAUGUUCUCCUUCUUCUACUCCAACUUCCCUCCUUUCUUCUUCACCAGAAGAACAACUUGCUGUUCCCAAUCAAUCAAAAUCCUCAACCCAACAAAGUGGUUGUAAAGCAUGUGGGAAGCAAGAAAUAGAGAGAGGAUGCAAUGGUGAAGGAAGGAUGCAAGGUGGGAUAGCAACUGUGCCUGGCUUUGGAUGGUGGCCUAUAAAAGCUUACAGACCAUGCCCUGGAUUUGUUGCUUCUGGUGGUAGAUACAGACGACAGGGACAAAGCAUGGACGAGGUUGUCUCCGGUAGUGGUAAAAUUAAAACACCCUCUCCUAAAACCGCAACUGAUUCGAAGCCGUGACAAAAAGGAAGGUUUGAAGAAAUUAAAGCAGUGAGUUUUUGCAAAGAAUAUACCAGCCAUGAAGGUGAAACAAAACUAAGGGAGUUAAGGAAGAGGGCGAUGUCAGGAUUUCUCGUCUAUAUUCUGUAAGGAUUUUGGACAUGUAUACGGCUAAAAUAGGGCCAUGCAAUGUAAUCAUAUAAAUGAUAGUAUUUAAAUUUUUACAGAUUUUUCUUUCUUUUUCAA